AUGGCCGAACAACUGGCGGGCGCGUACCUCCGCGGUCGGAUCGGCGCGCUGGCGGAUAACGACGCCUUCUCUGGCGGUCUCAUGCUCGUCCUGGUGGGAAUGGUCGCGGCCUACGUGAGCCGGGCUGCCCAGUGGCUGUGGGACCGGUUCUGGCGCGAGUUCGUCGUGUCGCUCGAGGUGCGCAAGGAGGACGAGGCCUUCGCGUGGAUCAUGAAGUGGCUCGCUCACCAGACCGAGCGCGCCAACGGACGCGACCUGAGCAUGCUCACCACGCGCGACAACCGCCAAGACCGCUGGAACGGCGCCGAGGCUGCCACCAAGCCCCAGCUCCACUUCGGCCCUGCGCCUGGCCAGCACUUCCUGCGCUACCGCGAGCGGUGGAUCACCGUGCGGCGAGUAGUCAAGGAGAACAGCGGGAACAACAGGCUCGAGCUGAAGGAGACCAUCAAGCUGCAGACCUUCGGUCGCGACCCGCAGGUGCUCAAGGACCUCGCUGCCGACGCCAUUGCCUUUGCGCUGGGCGAUGAGAUGGGCAAGGUGGUGCUCUUCCAGCCGCAGCUCAACUGCUACCCGGUCGGCAGCUGGCGCAAGCUGAUGGCUGUCGAGCGACGCGCCAUCGCGUCGGUGCACUUCCCCGAGGGCGUGGUCGAGGAGCUGGUGGCCGACGUGCGCGAGUUCCUGGCCAUGGGCGAGUGGUACAAGCGGCGCGGCAUUCCGCACCGGCGCGGCUACAUGCUCUACGGCGAGCCCGGCUGCGGCAAGAGCAGCUUCGCCACGGCUCUGGCCGGCGAGCUGGGCCUCAACCUGUGCGUGUGCAGCCUGGCCAGCGCGAGCCUCGACGACGACUCGCUCCAGGAGUUCAUGCGCAAGAUGCCCAAGGGCAGCAUCCUCCUGCUCGAGGACAUCGACGCCGCCUUCAUCCAGCGCACGAAGAACGUCGACCAGUCGCACAGCAAGAACAAGGUCACCUUCAGCGGCCUGCUCAACGCGCUCGACGGUGCCGUGGCGUUCGAGGGCUCGCUGGUGCUGAUGACCACCAACCACCGCGAGCUGCUCGACCCGGCGCUCACCCGGCCGGGCCGCGUGGACAUGGCGAUCUACGUGGGACUGGCCCGCCGGGACCAAGUGCGCCGCCUGUUCGCCUACUUUUACCACCCGUGGGAGGCCCAGAAGAACGAACGCGACGACGACAGCGAAGACGACAAGAAGAACGAAGACGACGGCAAGCGGCGCCUGGCGGAGGUGGACCAGCUGGCGCGGCAGUUCGCGAAGCUGGUGCCCGAGGAGCGGCUGUCGAUGGCCAGCCUGCAGGGCUUCCUGCUGCGACACAAGCUCGACCCGCAGGCAGCGAUCGACAACGUGGAGCGGUUCGUCGAGGCCGAGCUGGAUCGCGCUAAGCAGGCCGCCCGACACAAGAACAAGAAGGCUGCAGACCGCAACGACGGCCUGCAAGCCAACAAGGAAGAAACCACCAAGAAGGAGGAAACCAAGAGCAAGGACAGCGCCACAUACAAGGAGAAAGGCGUCGAACCACCACCCAAGGAGAACUGUGAAGAUUACGUUACCACAGCUGCCAUCAGCGCAGCGUGA